GAAAAGGGUCGUGGCCGCCGUGUUUAUAUUUUUCUGACAACUGUGGCAACUGUGCCGCAUCAGCAAUUUGAAUAUUUCUUGAAAUGCACUGAUUUAUGCAGUUUUUGAUCAAUUUGAAACUAAAUAUUUUCUGCUAUAUUCCUGCAUCAUGGCCUUUCCUGACAACCAAGAACUGUGCUUCGACAAAGCUGAUUUUGAAAAGGAUGACUUCACUGUGGAUAACUUUUUGGACAGCAGAGGCACGAAUUUUGAAAUUCUCCGCGAUGAUUUGGGCCAAUACCUGAAAGAUCUUCGCUCAGCCAUGAUCGAGCUGAUCAACCAGGAUUACUCUGACUUUGUCAACCUCUCGAGCAACUUAAUUGGGUUGGACAAGUCGAUUUUGAAGCUAAGGAUUCCUCUGUGUCAGUUCAAGGAAGAGAUUUUGCAAGUAAAGUGCAGUCUAGACGAAGGCAUUGACGAACUGACGCAGCAACUGGACACCAGGGAGGAACUGAUGAAAUCAAAAGAGUCCCUGAAGAAUUUGAGGACUUUGCUGGACUUGAUGGAUAAGAUGGAAUUACUUCUCAGAAAAUCUGAUGCCAACAAUUUGGUUAGAAUUUCUGACCAGCUGGCCCAGUCUGAAGUUUGCAAAAAUAACUGCAGCAUUCUUAGUAAGGAGCUCUUGCAGAGACACAAACACCUUGAGAUGGAAAUCUACAAGCUUUUUGAUGAUUUUCUUUUAAAGUUGCUCAUCAGUGACAAAUUGGGAGUUGACAAGGACCACAGAAUAGCAACUCGAGAUUGCCUGAAAAUUUAUGCAAGUCUUGGCCAAUAUCGUCAUGUGGAAGAACUCGUCAGAAAUCAAAUCCUGGUGCCUGUUUUGAGGCCCGUUCUUACCGAGCAGUCGGCUCGGUCUGCUUCUGAUUUAUUCAACAAGCUAUUGAUAAUUUUGAGCGAGAGAAGUUCAGCAUUGAACCUUUUGAUUGGGCUGACUAGCGAGUUUAAAGAGAUCAGAAAAUUUGAUUUCUUGAUGAACACUUUCUGGCCAGAAGUUUGCAGCGGACUGCUCGGGUUGAAUAACUUAUUUUCACCUGGACACCCAAAUGAAUUUUACCUGAAAUUUACAGAGUCCCAGAAAUUUCUAGUCAAAAUAGAAUCACAGCUUCUCACAAAAAAGAGGGUCGAAGAGUUUCGAGCUAGAGAGGACUAUACCAAGUUUAACAAAAAAUGGAACCUUAUUGUGUAUUAUCAAAUCAGAUUUCAAGAGAUUGCUGGUGCCUUGGAGAAAGCUCUUGUGGACAGCAAACAAUUCAACAAUUCCGAAACUGGUGCUCCGUUUGAGCUUAACCCAAUCAACGUUGCUUGGAAUUGCAUCAAUCAGUGCUUUUCGCCUGGUGUUUACUUAUCGCAACUCUUGCACAAGUUCUGGAAACUCGCCUUACAACUUCUUUCAAGAAUUGGUGGAUGGGCUGAAGACACCAUUGAAAAAAAUAACAAAAUCGAGUUUUUGUCCAUCCUCCAUGCUGAUUUGCAGCUUUUGUCAAGCAAAACAAGUGAUAUUCCUAAAAUUGUUGACGCAAUCCAUCCUUUGACGUCAAAGUUGACAUCCGCAUUAGAAAAAAACUUGGUAGAAUGCAGACAAACAAUCAGCUCUGUUUUGAGGAAAAUCGUUUCCAAGAUAAUUGACUCAAGCAGCGUGAAUGAGGAAAUUACAAAGUCGGUAACAGACAUUCCAAGAAUUUAUAGAAGAACCAAUCGAGGCGUCCCUUCCUCAGCAGGAGUGUACAUGGAUAAAUUUUUACGAAAUGUAAAUGAAACAAACAGCUCUGCUGUCUUCAAGUCAAAAUUUAGUGAACAGGAGAAAAAGACGAUUGUCCUGCAAAUGGUCAAGAACAUUGCCAACGUGUAUGUGGUCGCAGUUAAAGAAUUAUUAACGUCGGUUCAGAAGACCGAAGACUCGUUAAGAAAACUGAAGCAAAUCAGAGACAAGUCUUCGACCUCAGGCCAAUCCUCAGUGUCUGUGGGGCAGAGUGUUUCAGACGAUGACAAAAUCAGACUGCAGAUACAGCAGGACGUGAAACAUUUUGUGAAGGAAGUUACGAAGCUCGGCAUCAAGGAAGGAGAAGUGGCUGAACUUGAAGAAUUGCACGUUGUGGUUGAGAAAUCCCUGAUCAUCUCAAAGUAAGAACCACUUUUCUUAUAAUUUUGUUAUAAAUCUAUUCGAGUCUAUAGUGAAUUAAAAAAAAUCAGCGUUUUUUAUAAAAUAAAAAUAAUAGUUUAUUAUUAACCUGU